AUGUGCGGCGUGGGCGCGAGCGGGGCAGCGCAGCAGCGCAACGGGAAGAAGAGGCUGACCACGGUGCAGGGGCUCAGCGCCGCCUACAACUACGCCCGGAUCCUCUGGGACCUCAAGCGGGAGCUCUGCUGCAGCGGGGUCGUCGUGGAGGACGAGGAGCUCGGCAGCGUCAUCCAGCUGCAGGGCGACCACCGCAAGGCCGUCGUCGCCUUCCUCGUCAAGGCCGGCAUGGCCAGCAAGGCCAACGUCAAGGUCCACGGCUUCUGA